ACAACAUGCCCACCACCCACAAAACAACCAAGUAAAAACAACCAAGUAGCUCAAAGAACAAUGGCCUCUCUCAAUGCAGUUGUAGCCAACCUUUUCUUUCUUUGCACCAUCUCAAUAGCCUCCUCCCUCGAGGUGGGGAAGGGGCCAUUCACUUACAUAUUCGGCGACUCAAUGUCCGACGUCGGGAACAACAAUUACCUCCCCUUAUGCCUCGCGAAAUCGGAUUAUCCGUGGUACGGAAUUGAUUACAAAUAUGGGCUUCCUACAGGGAGAUUCACCAAUGGAAGAACAAUUGGAGACAUCAUGGCUGAAAAGUUAGGAAUAUCAUCUCCUCCGCCGUAUCUUUCGCUAUCCAUGGACGACAACACGAUCCUUGAAGGGGGUGUCAACUACGCGUCGGGCGGGGCGGGCAUUCUCAAUGAGACCGGACUUUACUUCAUUCAGAAGCUCUCUUUCGAUAAUCAGAUAACCGCCUUCGAGACUACGCGGAACGCAAUUGCUCAGAAGAUUGGGGAAGAGGCUGCCGAAAAGUUAUGCAAUGAUGCAUUCUACUUAGUUGCUCUAGGUAGCAACGACUACAUCAACAACUUCCUACAGCCCUUUAUGGCGGAUGGCACGAUAUACACUCACAAUGAGUUCAUGGUGCUACUCAUGACCACAUUAGACCGCCAAUUAAGGAGGCUCUAUGAUCUCGGGGCUAGGAUGAUAAGUUUCGAUGGAUUGGCUCCAUUGGGUUGCAUCCCCUCGCAGAGGGUGCGGUCCGGGACGGGCCAAUGCCUCGAGCAUGUGAACCAGUUUGCGUUGGAGUUCAACUCGCAAGCGAAGAAGCUGUUAAAUGGCUUAAAUUUUAAGCUACCUGGUGCAAAAAUGGUUCUUUCGGAUACAUACACUGUUGUCAUGGAUCUCAUCGAGAACCCUCAAAAAUAUGGGUUUACGACAUCACAUACAUCAUGCUGCAACGUUGAUACGACCGUUGGAGGACUCUGCUUGCCCAACUCGCAGCUCUGCCCCAACCGCAGGGAGUUUGUGUUCUGGGACGCAUACCACACGUCGGACGCCGCGAAUCAGAUCAUCGCCGAUCGCCUCUUUGCCGAGGCCGGAGUUAGCCAGGCUCCCCCUCCGGCGCCUCUCGUCGGCUCCGGCCCUGUUCCAUCCCCUGCAGCACCGUCGUUGAAUUCCGAACCCGCCCCGAGCCCAAGUAGUUGAUCUCUGAAUCCUUUUAUGGACUACUCCGUCCCCGUUCCCGCCCCGCCCCGGCCCAGCUCCUGCUCCUGCUCCUGCUCCUCCUCUUUGAUUCUUUUGUUACGAGUCUAUACCGUUUGCAACAUGAGUUUCAUUUUUUUGGGGUUUGGCAUGGUUUCGUUUACAUGAAAUAACGUUGUCGUUAAUUACACAUGUUGUCUCAAUUAUCAAUACAGUUACUAAUACAAAAUAUCACAAGUGUUGUUGAUGGUG